GAUGUGUAGGACACUGGCUCAGAUCCUGGGCCUGCUGCUCUGCAUAGUGGGCUGGGGUUUUGUGGGCUGCACCCUUGCUAUGGACCACUGGAGGGUGGCCCAGCUGGGGGGUCGAGGGGGCUCCUCUGGAGUGGUGACAGCUUGGUACUGGUCUGACCUGUGGAGGGACUGCUACGAAGACUCCACGGCUCUGGUGAACUGUGUAGACUUCCGAGUGCUGUGGACGGUUAAAACAUACAUUCAGGCAGUCCGGGGGCUCCUGAUGAUUGGCCUUUGCCUCGGCUUCAUUGGCACAGUGCUCACAUGUUAUGGGAUUGAGUGCACACACACCGGUGGAGACCAGAGCAGUUACGACAGGAUGUUAAUAACAGCGUCUGCUUUCCACCUGGUCGGCUGCGUAUCAGAGAUGGCUGGUUACUGUUUAUACAUAAACAGAGUAGUUGAAGCUUUUUUACACAGCAAAGCAGAUCCAUCGAAAAUGAGCUAUGAAAUUGGACUCCCCCUAUACCUUGGCCUGGUAGGGAGUUUCCUCAUUCUACUUGGCUGUACAGUUUACUGUGCAACUGUAUGCAGAGUUAACCACCCAAGAUAUCCCAUGGUUCCCCUUUCCAGGGAAAAGUAGAAGAAAAAGAACACAUCUGUGGACUAUCAAAAAUGUCAAAUGACCUCAA